AUGUUAGUGAUACGUAAUGUUCGAUCAUUUUCAUUACAAAAAGAGAUUAUAGUAUUUAUUGGAAUACUUUUUGGAAUUAUUUUUGGUAUUAUCAUAUUUAUUUGGUGGAUUAUUGGAACUAUUUGGUGGAUAAAAUUGACAUUAAAUAUCAUACCACAAUUAAAACAUCCAACUUCAUUGACCUUGUGUCAUCCCGUGAUCUAUUGGACAGCUUUAGUAGCUAAUAUCUUGGGUUUAAUCGGCUUUAUUAUUCAGAUUUGCAUUGCAAUUGAUGGUGAUAUGACAGCAAGUAAACAAUCAUUGAACAAUCGUGUUUAA